AUGAGCAGUAAGGAAUACUUCAGCUGUGGACGCACUGGCUACCGGGCCCGGGAAUGCCGUAGAGGAGGACAACAAGAUCAAGGUCGCAGAGCUAGAGGCCAUGGCAGAGAUUCUCAGUGCAGUUCCACCACCCUAUCUGACUUAUGUUACCGCUGCGGUGCUUCUGGUCAUCAUGCUAAGGACUGUGACUUUCUCAAGGACAUUUGCUACAACUGUGGGAAAAGUGGUCACAUCGCCAAAGACUGUGUCAAGCCUAAGCACGUGAAAGAACUGUGCUGUUACACUUGUGGCAAACCAGGACAUCUUGGUCGUGACUGUGACCGUCGAGAAGAGCAAAAGUGCUACACUUGUGGUGAACAUGGACACAUUCAGAAAGACUGCCCGCAAAUCAAGUGCUACCGGUGUGGCGAGACUGGUCACAUGGCCAUCAACUGCACUGAGACAAAGGAGGUGAAGUGCUACUGCUGUGGGGAGUAUGGUCAUUUAGCCGCGGAAUGCCCCACUGAAGCUACCGCUUAA